UGUUUUCAUGGACAAACGUGUGAGGUCAUCGUUCGGCUGGAGGAGGUUGACAAGAGCAAGACAUGCUUUCAUUUUCAGCUAACAGGAAGCCUGAUGGUAAACUGAAGGAGAAAUCUUGCUGUCGUGAGGAAUGAUGAGGAGUCCUGGAGUUUAGCAACAAGAGCUUGCAGACGAGCCCUUGAAGAAAACCUGUUCAGCAGAUGUGGCACAGAUCCCUGAGCUGGCGAGAUGGAGGAAGCGUACAGUGAACUGUACCAGCAGUUCCUCCGUAUGAGGUUGCUCUGCCUGAGACAAGCAGCUCUGUUGCAUAAACUCACAGCAGCCUUGCAGAAACAGCAAGGUGCCACUGUUCCCAAUGGGGAGUUGAGUGACUUGAUGUCCAUCCCCGUCCAGUGUACCCAAGAAAUCCCUCUGUUUUUCCACGAAAGGCCACAACCGGUAACGGCAACAGCACUUAACCCUGAUGCUCAGUGUGGCAUCAAUGGCCUGCCUGGGAACUUGGGGACGUGGUCUGAUCUCCUUGCUGAAGAUAUGUCUAAACUCAGUGUAAAUUUGCCUCAGUGGAGAAAGGAGUGUGGGACGCUGGAGCAUUUUGUUGCACCCAUGUCAACCCUGGACUCCGCUAGGUGGCAGGGGGCUUCAUCCACUGAGUCCAAAACUGCAGGGCAAGUGGGUCGUCCAAGCAGAGACAGAUGUCUGCACAAAAUGAUGAUGCCGCUGUCAGACAGUAUCUCUGAAGGCAAUGACUUCCUGGGCCAGUCUGAUGGUUUGCUGUUGUCAGACGUGGCGCUGCAGUCUCACGUGUGCGACUUCUGCCAGGCAGUUUUCCCCGGAGAUACAACCACCAAAGGAGAGUUCCUGCGACAUCUCCACACCCACAUCACCUAGACACAGCUGAUCAAUCUUCUUGUUCUAAUAUACUGUGUGUUAAUGUGUUUGCAUGACAGAGCAGCACUUUCUUAAUGUGCUCAGAACUUUGCCAAUGGACAAACUAUUAUUUUUUUGGAGUGAUAGUGAAAAAUUAAAAGGCAUAAAUAACCUUCAUGUGCUCACAUUAUAUGCAAAAGUAUGAAAAAAAGUUUUUAAAAUAGCUCAGUUGACACAAAGGACCAACUAUUGUCUCUUUCAUCUACAGCAGGAACAUGUAGCCAUGGCUUUAUUUGUCCAGUUUUUGAGAUUCCUGACCACAGAUUUUAAAGAAAUGACAUGUAUUUGUUUAUGAUAGCUUAGCUGUAACCAAAAGAAUAUAUACCAAAAGUAUCUGCUCCUAGCUGCUAUUAUGUAAUAUCUAGUUCAUAUUGCUUAAAAUAACUUGUUUCUUCAUCCUAUCAGCACAAUGAAGUUUUAAAAAAAUAUUUUAUUAUUUAGAUAAUUAGUCAUUAAAUGAACAUCCAGUGUACAGAGUUUUUUUUAACGUCUGAAGUGGAGCGUGAAACCAAUCAGCUGGCUGCUGCUCAGCUCUAUGGUACAAGAAGAAAGAGCCCAGGCUAAGAAUAGCCUCAGAUAUUUAUGUCCCUAAUUGAUGGUGCUGACAGCUGAUUGAUGAUGGUGCCUCCCCUCCUCCGUUGCCACAUGCUGCUCUCUGAACCACGAUAAAGAAAACCAAUUCAAAUGUGAUCAUUCUUAUAUGAUCAGAGCGCUCAGGGACAAUUGUUUUCCCUAAACAUGCACAUGCACAUAUGAGGACUUCUAUUCAGAAUGAGUCCACGAUUUUUAAGCUUUGAACUCAGUGUUCAUGUUUAGUGUGUCAUUCUUAUCAUUUAGCAACUGACAGCUGAGGCUGAUGGGAGUGUCAUGAGCUCUGCAUUUGGUCUGAAAUGAUCCACUUGGUAUCAGUGAAAGUGUGUCACUGAAUCUAUGGAAAUGCACAAGAUCAACCUUAUGGUGGCACUAGAGGAAAAAGACAACCAAAGUCAGUUUUAUAUAACCUGUAGGAACCAUCAAUGUCUGCAUCAAAAUGUCCAGGCAAUCCAUUAAAUAAUUGUUACUUUGUGAUAUUUCUGUGUGGACCCAAGCGUUAGGCAUUAAUAACUGUAAAGUGCAAUUAUAGCGAUGCUUAAUUUUACGUUGAAUGUUCAGUUAGUGUUAGUGUUUAAGAUUGAGUUACAAAUACACUAACUACACUGAAAUAAACUAAACUAUGAAGAUUAUUUGUGGUUUUGAAAUCUUAAA